CCCCAAUCACCUGCAGGGCAUUUCAUCACCAGCCCUGGCUAUAAAUGGAGCCACGGGGCCAUGGCCACACUGUCACCUCCUGUCACACCGCAGGCAGCUGAGCUGGCUUGGGGACAGCCAUGAAGGUCACCCUGGUGCUCCUGGCAGUGGCAGCUCUGUGCCUGGCAUUUUCCACUGCAGAUGCUGCCACAGAGAAUGAGGUGGACUGCAGUGAGUACAAGAAGCUGGAGAGAGGGAGGCCCAUUUACUGUGAGAGGCUCUACCAACCCUUCUGUGGCUCUGAUGGCAAAACCUACAACAACAAAUGCUCCUUCUGCAAGGCUGUGCUGAAGAGCGGAGGGACCCUGCGUGUGAAGCAGGCAGGAGCGUGCUGAGGACAGCUCCACUCUGCCCCUCCUGCCUUUCCUCCUCCUGCCAUGCCAAGCCCAGCCUGGGGAGAAGUGCCAGCCCUGCUGUCCCUGCUCCAGAGCUGGGACUGACACUCCUGCCUCGCAGCACAGCUGCUCCUGUGCCUUCACAGCAGCCCUUCCUUGGAUCUUUGUCUCCAUGGCUGAAGUUCAGAUCCUCUGACAAUGCCCCAAGUCUCCCCAGCUCAUUUAUCAAAUGUUUUCUUUCCUUUACCCAGAAACUUCAGCAGGUAUUUUUUCCCAAAGGUUUUCAGCUUUCCCAGGCACUGCUCUGACUCUCCCAGUUUUGUAGCUGAAUUUCAAGUGCUUGUUUUUCAUCCCUCUCUGUACAAUUCUGGUUCCUGUAUGUUGUUCAGCUACUCAGUGUACUUGUUUAUUAAAAUAAAACUUCACUCUA